AUGUCCUCGUCCGCACUCCACAAGCGGAAGGCCGUCAAGAUUGGGACUCACAGUGGCACCUUCCACUGUGAUGAGGCGCUGGCAUGCUGGAUGCUGAAACAGACGGACCGUUUCCGGGACGCGGAAAUCGUGCGGACCAGGGACCCAGCCGUCCUCAAGGACCUGGACGUGGUCGUCGAUGUGGGGGGAGAAUACGACGCCGGGCUUGGAAGAUUUGAUCAUCACCAAAGAGAGUUUGCAGAUAAUUUCGGACAUGGGUACACCACCAAGCUCUCUAGUGCUGGGCUGGUUUACAGACAUUUUGGAAAGGAAGUGAUUGGAAAAAUAUUGGGGCCAGCUGUGAGCAGCGAUGACAUCGACACCCUUUAUCUGCGCAUCUACAAAACCUUCAUCGAGGCUGUUGAUGCUAAUGACAAUGGUAUCAACCAAUGGGAAGGAGAUGCCCCACCCAAGUAUGUGAACAACACAACACUCGGCGCAAGAGUGAACUUUCUGAAUCCCAACUGGAAUGAAGAUUCUUCGCCAGAGGUGCUCUACAAGCUGUUUAUGAAAGCUGUUGAGCUCACAGGCUCAGAGUUUGCCGAUCACGUGAAAUACUCUGGACAGUCCUGGCUGCCUGGACGUCAAUAUGUGCAAGAGUCUUUUGAUGAGCGACUCAACAUCGAUUCGAGUGGAGAGAUCAUGCAGCUCAAACGUUACUGCCCCUGGAAAGAGCACCUGUAUGAUCUUGAGGAAGCCAGCGGUGUUUCGGGGCAGGUUAAAUACUGCCUGUAUGAGGAUGACAGGGAGCACGUGUGGAGGAUCCAGGCAGUGUCUGUCUCGCCAGGAAGCUACAUUUCUCGUAGACGGCUUCCAAACGCAUGGCGUGGACUGAGAAGCGACGAGCUGGACAAAGUCGUAGGUAUCCCUGGCUGUGUGUUUGUCCAUGCUGGGGGAUUCAUCGGUGGGCACAAAACUUGUGAGGGGGUGCUGGCAAUGGCUCAAAAAGCACUCACAAUGGAGUAG